GCUGCUAAACUCUGAAGCAGUUCUACACGUGACGGGGACAUCAGUCGGUGUACUUGCAACUUGUUUUACUGAGUCCAGGUCUGUCAGAAGCGAUACGAGGGAGGCUGGAUACACACUAGAAAGGCCCAGUCAUGUCAUACACGAACCCGACUCACUUGGCCAUCAAAUCGGGCAUCUCGGCCUCACAAGUAGUGGCCAGGCAACGCACACUCAAGCUCUAUCGCGACUUUCAACGAUGCAUCCCCGAGAUGAUCAACUUGUAUGAGCUGGAACUGCCCGUCUCUGUGGUCCGCUCAAAAGUGCGACAAGAGUUUGAGCGUAACCGCUAUGUGAUGGACCUACCAACUGUUGAUAUCUUGCUGCACAAGGGGCAGGCAGAGUACCAGGAGCUCAACAACUUCUGGAAGCAGCAGUCGCAUGUCAUGAAGUACUUCAUUACGGAGGAUGAGCCACAAGCGGCUAGACGGCUACCGGGUUCAUUCAUGGGCAAGUUCUUGGAGGGACGCAAUUGAUGCGCUGGGCCAACAUACUGCCAUAGUGACAUGGCAGUUUCUUGCUGCUGCAUUUGAAGAAGACGAAGCAUGAUACUCAAGGAUGAAGCACAAGAAACGUAU